AUGGGUCACAUAUACCGAGUAACAGGGACGGUGGCUAUGAAACCCACAACAAUUGUUCAAGAUUGUGCGGAAUUCGUCCGCGAGGAAGGUUGCCCGUGUAUGCAGGACAUUUGGUGCACUAACCUGUACACAAAGUGCGGAACGGGUGCAACUUCUCCAGGAGCGGAAAACAGGCAGAGGAGAUCGGGUCUUUCAGGGAAUCCUUGCAGACAGCUGACAGAAUUGGCAGCCGGUGUACUCCAGAUCUCCGGACGCUCCGGACUUGCCACCUCCACGGGGUCGCGGGAGACCGGCACAGAGAGGCCUUCAUAUGCCUAUCUAUCACAAGAAUUACUGAAAGAGGCACAGGGUUCGAAAGGCGGAACUCGGUUAGCAAGAGGAACUCGGCAGCGGUUUACGGAAGAUCCCCCAGAUGAAACAGAGGAACAACUGGUCAUUCCCGGCUGCGCCUUUCAUGGCUCAAGGGCCUCCGCCGCCACUUGCCAUCGUCUCCAAGCCAAGCCAGGGCCGAAGUUUCCUUCCGAACCAGACGCCAUCUCGGUCAGUGGUCGGCCAAUGGGGAAUCCCCACCUCGAGGGAGGCAAUGGUAUCUAG